AUGUAUGCCUCUGAUCCGCCAGCGUACGAGAUGGCGGCACGGAGGCCCAGUGACUCGGGUAGCGGCGUGCCGUCAACUUUGAUCGCGGCGCUGGACGCCGGGUCACCAGAGGCAGAAACAGCGCACCCCAAUGAAGCGCGCGUGCUAGUGCAGCAGCCGGUGUACGAGCCUCAGGGCAGGGGCGAGCCGGUUGUUUAUCAGGGCCAGGGUCUGGAGCAUGCGUCGAAUCUCCCUGAGAUUGCACCUGUAGGUGCACCAUUGCAGCCCGAGCCUGUGCAUCGGUUUCAGCCUGUAUCGUACCUGGCGCCUGAGCCCCAUGGCUCAAUAGACCUGUCCACGCCGGACCAUCUUGCGGUGCCGAUGUACUCUGGUAUGAUGUAUGCAGGCUCAUCAGGCAACCCGUCGUAUGAGGGAGUUAGCGAAGCUGAAAAUGCGACCAUGCUACCCCGCCGGUACGACGACGAUGGCAUCUACAUCGACAGGGCACCUGAUAUGGAAAAGAUGAAUCCUGAGCAGCAGCGGAUCACAAAGGAGUAUGCCAAAGAUUUGGACGAGGAGCCUAGGACACAUCUCCAGGCCAUGGUUUCCUCGCUGCGCGACUGGCGAAGCUAUGUUCGGUGGCAGUACUGGCACUAUUACCUGAUUGGCAUCUUGAUCAUUGCCUUGAUUGCCUGUGUGACCAUAUUUCACCACCAAAUUGUCUCAUUUUUGCGGCCUGAAUCAGAAAAGAUCCGACACUUGUCCUGGGGAUGGGUCAUUCCGGUUGCGAUCCUCUUUGUCCUCUCCUUCCCACCACUUUUUGGCGCAGAGAUUGUGGCGGUACUUUGUGGUAUUGUGUACGGUGUAUGGAUUGGGUUCGGUAUCGUGGCGCUCGGAACACUGCUCGGCGAGAUUGGCAACUUUUAUGCUUUCCGCUACCUGCUGCAGUCGCAUGCGAUCAAGGCUGAGCGAAAGAGCAUGUCGUACGCGUGCCUUGCCGAGAUUAUUCGCAAUGGCGGCUUUUGGAUUGCGCUCCUGACGCGUCUCUCCGCUGUCCCAGGCCACCUCACGACCGCUGUCUUUGCAACGGUCGGCAUGAAGUUUUGGAUCUUUCUGCUGGCCGCCAUUCUGUCGUUGCCCAAGUACUUGAGUGUUGUCUACCUCGGUGUUGCGCUCGAGUCCCAAGGCGAAGACAAGAACAACAGCGGAUCCAAAGGCGUGCAGGUUGCCGUGAUUGUCAUUGUGACGGCUAUCACGAUUCUCAUUGCGGUGUACAUCUGGCGCAAGAUGGAUAAGGUCAAGCCGCAAGUGCAACAGAACUUGCGCCUCGAACGCUUCAAGCGCUUGCGCGAAGCAUCAUCCUAUGGCGACAAACCCUCGGACUUUUGGCACAGUAACGAUCCCAUGGCAAGUACAGAUGAGUUUAUUGAGAUGGAGCAUCCGGGCCCCAAACACACGGAUAGGUUGUAA